UUGGGUGAAGGGAAGGUAGCAAUGUUUCUCACUUGACAGAUCUGAUAUUCCACGUUCUUCCCACUUCAUUUCUCUUACUGAAAGUGAAAAAAAAUCAUACAUUCAUAUUACAACAUUCAUUUAUAUUUGUUCCUUAAAUGGGUCAUUUGAGCACUCCUACUACCAUAAAGAUCCUCAUAUUAUGUGGGUUUAUAACCAUUAUCAUUCUCAGAAAUACCAUUGGAAUUGAUAAUUUCACCAGCUCAUCCUCACAAUUUCAGCACCAAGCCCUUAACAUUGGCUCCAAUCCGGUCAUCUUUCCUAAUAUUGUGUCCAACAAGAACAAGUCUCGAAUCGACAAUAUCGCCCUUCCUAACAAUGACGCUAGUCCGGUCAUUGUUUUUAAUGUCGAGUCGAGCAAGAACCUGUCUCGACUCGACCAUAUAACCCUUCCUAACAAUGACACGGACACUAAUCCGGUCAAUCUUUCUAUAGUCGAGUCGAGCAGGAACCUGUUUCGACUCAACUAUAAAACCCAACCAAACAACACUAAUCCGGUUAAUUUAACCAACAUUGAAUCCAACAAAAACCCAUCAGAUGUGAAUGAUGUGGAUAAAAUUGAAAUAUUGUACGACUCCACCUUGACCUACACGUUGGGGCCCAAAAUCGGAGACUGGGAUACCCGGCGCCGAAAAUGGCUAGAGCAAAACCCGAGUUUUCCUACUAUAAUCCGUAGGAAAACCCGGGUUUUGCUUGUGACUGGUUCACCACCAAACCCAUGUGAAAACCCAUUUGGGGAUCACUAUUUAGUAAAAGGGCUAAAAAACAAGAUUGAUUAUUGUAGGUUACAUGGGAUUGAGAUUAUGUACAAUAUGGCCUAUUUAGACAAGGUAAUGACAGGGUUUUGGUCAAAACUACCCUUAAUUAGAAAAUUAAUGGUAUCUCAUCCAGAAUUUGAAUGGAUCUGGUGGAUGGAUAGUGAUGCAUUUUUCACGGAUAUGGUAUUUGAAGUCCCAUUAAGUAGAUACCAAGAUUUCAACCUUGUAAUCCAUGGAUACCCAGAUUUAUUAUUCAAGGAAAAAUCAUGGAUUGCACUCAACACAGGAAGUUUCUUUCUAAGAAAUUGUCAAUGGUCAUUAGAUUUGCUUGAUGCUUGGGCCCCAAUGGGUCCAAAGGGUCGGGUCCGGGACGAGGCAGGGAAACUUCUAGCAUCAAAAUUGAAAGGAAGACCCGUUUUUGAGGCAGAUGAUCAAUCAGCAUUGAUAUAUUUGUUGAUAUAUGAAAAGGAUAAAUGGAUGAAUAAGGUAUUUAUUGAAAAUUCUUAUUAUUUACAUGGGUUUUGGUUGGGUUUAGUGGAUAAUUAUGAGGAAUUAAGUGAGAAAUAUAAUCCAGGUUUAGGUGAUGAAAGGUGGCCUUUUGUUACUCAUUUUGUUGGGUGUAAGACUUGUAAUAGUUUUAGGGAUUACCCAUUUGAGAAAUGUUUUAAAAGUAUGGAAAGAGCCUUUAAUUUUGCUGAUAAUCAAGUGAUUCAGCUUUAUGGGUUUAAACAUAGUUCUUUAUUGAAUCCUAAUAUCAAGAGGUUUAGGAAUGAGACUCAUAAACCUCUUAUGUUUGUUGAUGAACUUGAUAUUAGAAGGCAUAUUGUUGUUGGUUCAACAAAGAGGUAGUUAGUUAGUAGUUAUAUAGGUUUUGGUUCAUCAUUCUUGUUCUUUCAAUGGUGUAUUGUAGAAUCUCUAGUAUUUAUGCUUAACCAACUAAAAUGUAUUGGUAUGAUAGUGGUGGGGUGUAUGCUAAAUUAUUUUAAGUUGAUUUUUGUAGUUGACUUUGAGU